GUGUCUACCUCCCCUUUCAAGGUUCGUUACAGUGAUUAUGAUGACACAUGGAUCAUGUUCCUCUUCUUCUUCUUCUUCUUCUUCUUCUUCUUCCACCUCUAGAUGGACUUAUGAUGUGUUCCUCAGUUUUAGAGGCGAUGAUACUCGAAGUGGCUUCACUGGCAACCUUUAUAAAUCUCUUUGUGACAGGGGAAUCCACACCUUCAUAGAUGAUGAGGACCUUACAAGAGGGGAAGAAAUUGCACCAGCUCUUUUCAAAGCAAUUCAGCAAUCUAGAAUAGCAAUUAUUGUUUUCUCCAAAAACUAUGCUUCCUCUGCUUAUUGUCUUGAAGAACUUGUCAAAAUCCUUGACUGCAUCAUGAAAAAGGGUCGAUGGGUUUUGCCAAUUUUUUAUGGAGUGAGUCCAUGUUAUGUUCGGCAUCAAAAGGGUUCUUAUGGAAAAGCAUUGGCUAAGCUUGAAGAAAGAUUCAGGAAUGACAAGGACAAGGUGCACAAGUGGAAAUUAGCUUUACAAGAAGCAGCUAAUUUGUCUGGUUGGCAUUUCAAAUUCAAACACGGGUACGAAUAUGAAUUUAUUCGGAGGAUCAUUGAAGAGGUGUCCAAAAAGAUAAAUCGUAACCCUUUACAUGUGGCUAAGUAUCCAAUUGGAUUGAAGUCUAGAGUGCAAGAGGUAAACUCAUGUUUAGAAGUUGGAUCCAAUCAAGGAUUUAGCAUGGUGGGGAUUUUUGGAAUUGGGGGGAUAGGCAAAACAACAAUUGCAUGUGCAGUGUAUAAUUUCAUUGCUGAUCAAUUUGAUGGUCAUUGUUUUCUUGCUGACAUCAGAGAAAAUUCUAUGAAGUAUGGUUUAGUACAACUUCAGGAGACAGUACUCUCUGAAAUAGUUGGGGAGAAGAGUAUCAAGUUGGGGAGUAUUAAUAGGGGAAUGGAAGUAAUGAAAAGGAAGCUUCAGAGAAAGAAAGUUCUUUUGAUUCUUGAUGAUGUUGAUAAUAUGGAGCAAUUAAAAGCACUUGCUGGAGAUGUUUCUUGGUUUGGUUAUGGUAGCAAAAUCAUUAUCACAACAAGGGAUAAGCAUUUGCUACAUGUUCAUGGUGUUGAAAGAACAUAUGAGGCAAAAGGUUUAAAUCACAAAGAAACUCUCGAGUUGUUUAGUUGGCAUGCUUUCAAAAAUAACGAGGUUGAUCCAAGUUACAUUGAUAUCUCAAAGCGUGCAAUACUUUAUUCCAAUGGUCUUCCGUUGGCUUUAGAGAUAAUAGGUUCUAACUUAAUUGGUAAAACAAUGUCAGAAUGGAAUGCUGCGUUAGAUACCUAUGAAAAAAUUCCAGAUGAAGAUAUUCAGAAAACACUAAAAGUAAGCUAUGAUGGUUUGAAAGGAAAUGAGAAGGAAGUUUUCCUUGAUAUAGCUUGUUUCUUUAAAGGUUGCAAUUUGAAAGAUGUCAUCAGUGUAUUGCUACAAGGUCGUGGCUUCUCCCCAGUAUAUGUUAUUCGAGUGCUGAUUGAUAAAUCUCUCAUAAAGAUUGAUCAACAUGGUUUUGUGAGAAUGCAUAACUUGGUAGAGGACAUGGGCAGAGAAAUUGUUCGGCAGGAAUCACCAUCAGAACCUGGCAAACGUAGUAGACUAUGGUGUUCCGAGGAUAUUCUAGAUGUUUUAGAAAAUGAUAAGGGAACCGAAGCAAUCGAAGUAGUCAUGCUUCACUUGCCAAAGAAUAAGGAAGUUCGGUGGAAUGGAAGUGAGCUGAAGAAGAUGAAAAACCUCAAAAUACUUACCAUUGAAAAUGCUCACUUUUCUAGAGGCCCUGAAUAUCUCCCAAACAGUUUGAGAGUGCUAAAAUGGCAGGGAUAUCCUUCAUCAUCUCUGCCACUUGAGUUUGAUCCAAGGAGACUUGUCAUGCUAGACUUGUCUAUGAGUUGCAAUAGAUUGGACAAACUACUUGAACUUAUGAAGUUCGAGUCUUUGAGUGAAAUGGUUUUAAGAGGUUGCAAAUUCAUAAAAAAGGUACCUGACAUGUCUGGAGCUCCAAAUUUAAUGAAGUUGUGCCUUGAUAACUGCAAGAAUUUAAUAGAAGUUCAUGAUUCCAUUGGGUUUCUUGAUAAACUUACAUGGUUGACUGCUAUUGGAUGCACCAAUCUGAGGAUUCUUCCCCACAGCUUCAAGUUAACAAAUCUUGAAUAUCUGUCUCUCAGAAAAUGCUCUAGUCUCCACAGUUUGCCAAAUAUAUUAGAAGAAAUGAUACAUAUAAAAAACAUUGAUUUGUGUGGAACUGCUAUAAAAGAAUUGCCAUUUUCAUUCAGAAAACUCAUUGGGCUUAAAUCUUUAGUGCUGGACAAGUGCAAGAUGCUUCAUCAAAUCCCAAGAAGUAUUCUGUUGUUACCAAAACUUGAGAGAUUGACAGCUGUAAAAUGUGGACGGUAUGCAAAUUUGAUCCUUGGCAAAGGUGAAGAACAAGAAAGAUUAAACUCCUGCAACUUGACACCUACCUGCUUCCCCAAUGUAGAAUUCUUGGACCUAAGUUGCAGUCCUUUCAAAAUCCUUCCUGAAUGCAUCAGUGAAUGUCUCUUUCUGAAGAAUCUAGUUUUGGAUAAUUGCAAGGAGCUUCAAGAAAUCAGAGUGGUUCCUCCAAAGAUAAAAUAUCUCUCGGCAAUAAAUUGCAUAUCAUUAACUCAUGAAUCUCAAAGCAUGUUAUUGAGUCAGAGAUUACAUGAGGGUGGAAGCACUGAUUUUUCUCUUCCGGGAUUAUGGAUACCAGAAUGGUUCGAUCAUUGUACUAAUGGAUCAUCCCUUUCUUUCUGGUUUCGUAACAAAUUCCCAAGGAUGGCUCUAGCUGUCGUUGUUGGAGUUUUGGACAAGCAGGGUAGUUUCCUCAGUUCAAGGUUCCACUUGCUCAUCAAUGGCAUUCAAAAGCUGCAUUGCCAUUUCACUGUGCAAUCAAAACUAGUAACAUACCAUGUAUUUUUGUCCGAUAUACAGCUCAAAUCCUACAAUGGUGAAUUGGAAAGUGUGUAUGUUAUGGACGGGUGGAACCAUGUUGAAGUUUCAUAUGUGGGACCAAGUAAAAAUGAUUCUCCACACACAUGUAAAGUCAAAAAAGGAAUCAUAAAAUGGAUGGGGGCUCAUGUGUACAAGCAAACAACAUGCAUGGAGGAUGUCCGGUUUACGAAUCCAAAGUCUCCAAAGAGAGCAUAUAGCGAUUUUUCCAAGCCUGAUUUGGACCAAAAUUUUCAACCAUUACCCAAAAGAAGAUGUGGAUCAGAAGGCAUGGAAAUUUGUGAGGCACAACAUGUAGAGCAGCAUCAAGUUAGAAGUGGCUAUCAUGCUGUGUCACACAGUUUAUGGUUGGCGAUUAGCAGCAUUGAAGCUGCUCCAAAUGUUAAAAUGCUAAUGUGGAUUAUUUGUCAAAAUGCUUUGCCAACUUAUGAAUAUCUUUUCAAGGGGAAGCUUGUGAAUAGCCCACUCUGUCCCGUUUGUGGAACAGAACCUGAAACUGUUGAACAUGUGUUCCUGUUUUGCCCAUGGACUAGACCCCUUUGGUUUGGAAGUGAUUUCCAGUGGAGUAUUGAUGUCAAUUCAGUUCAAAGCUUUCAACUUUGGCUUUGCCAGAAACUCGAGGAGAUUAAAAGGGUAUAUCCGAAGAAUGCCAAUAAAGUAUCUGCUCUUGUGGGCAAUAUUUGUUGGGCAAUUUGGAAGGGAAGGAAUGAAUUUGUUCUUGAAGGCCAACCAGUUAAUCCUUUGAUUUUAAGGUAGUGCACUUGUAUAUACGAUAAGAAUGUUGAUGGAACAAAUGAAUCUCUCUUUUUCUCUCUCCAGGGAUGGAAAUAAAUUGUAUUAUCAAACACUUUUUUUUUUUUUUU